AUGGCAGCACUCGACACCCAAAAGUACACUCCCGCCGAGGAGGCCGAGAUCCAAACCUGGCUCGACAAGGCUACCUCGCUCAAGGUGGCCGCCUCCGAUGCCCUCCUCGACACCCUUAACACCGAUCUCGCAACCCGCACCACCGCCAUCGGCACCAAACCUAGCAAGGCCGACGUCGCCCUGUACGAGUCGCUCGCCCCUCUUGUCAAGGCCUGGACCCCGGAGCAGCGCACCGGCGAGCAGGGCCGUCCCAACAUUGUGCGUCUCGUCGACUUUGUGCAGAACAGCCCGCUAUUCAGCCUCAAUAUCGCCGAUGCCGACAAGGUGCAGGUCGACGCCGAGGAGAUCCUCUACAGAAGGCGGUCGAGGCGAAGGACAAUGGUCGUCGAGGCCGUUGCCGGCGAGGGCGCCGCCAAGAAGCAAAAGAAGGAGAAGAAGGAGCGCGCUCCUAGGCAGCCCGCGCCGCCGCCAGCGCCGACUGUCAUGUCGCCCUGCCUCAUCGACCUCCGCGUGGGCCACAUCCUCAAGGCGAUCAAGCACCCGGAGGCCGACUCGCUCUACGUCUCGACCAUCGCCAUGGGCGACGCUCCUGGCAUCGACGACACCACCUAUGUCGACGUGCAGGUGGUGCGCACGGUGUGCUCGGGCCUGAACGGGCUCGUCCCGCUCGAGGAGAUGCAGGGCCGCAAGGUGGUGGUCGUGUGCAACCUCAAGCCCGUCAAGAUGCGCGGCAUCAAGUCGUCCGCCAUGGUGCUCGCCGCGUCGCCCAAGAUCAAGGAGGGCGAGGCCGACGACCACAAGGGCCCCGUCGAGCUGGUCAACCCGCCCGCCGACGCCAAGGCCGGUGAGAGGGUCUACUUUGAGGGGUGGCAAGGCGAGCCCGAGAAGGUGCUCAACCCGAAGAAGAAGAUCUGGGAGACUUUCCAGCCUGGCUUCACUACCACGGAUACGCUUGAGGUGGCGUUUGAUGCGGGCGUGGUUGAGGCAUUGGAGGGCAAGACCGGGCUGGGUAAGCUGGUGACGGCGAGUGGUGGUGUAUGCAAGGUCGCCUCGCUGCAGGGCGCCCAGCUGGUGCACACCACGGGGAACUUCUCGGUUGGCCUUCCUUUGUGGAGAUGGCGCAUGAUCUUGGACUUGAAGAUCUCGUCGCGUUGCUGUGGCGUACCGUGGUACAUGACAACUGGUAUUGAGGGAACCCAUUGGUGGAACUCAUCCAGCCAGUUGGAUAAGGUGCUCAAGGGGGCAACGAUGAGUUUUGAGUCCCCCGUGGGAAGGCUGCUUGGACAUACCCAGCCCCAUCUCGUCAGCCAGGAUCCCGCUCAUGCCCUGGAUACAAAUCUCCAGGUCGGCUUAGUGCCCCAGCCGAGGCAGGUCGACGGGAGCGCCGGCGGGAGAGUGACCGGGUCAAUGCCCUGGCCUGCGGGCGCUGCUGAGCUGCGUUGGGGGGUGAAGGUGUCAGUGCUGUGUGUGAGAGAGUUGGAGGAGAGUGUUGUGGUGAUGCCCUUACCUGAUGCUCAGCAGCCCAAGGAAGACGAGGGUGUUGGAGAGUGA